UCUAAGUCAAACUCAACAUAUAUACCCUGCACUGCUCCCCCCCUUUGAUUCUGAGCCCGCUCCCCGGAAUUUUUGUUCGACACAUUCCGAUUCCUUUCCAUCUUCCUGCAGCAUCAGCACGUUCAAUAAUGGAUAGCUUUGCUUUAAUCAUCUUAUACCUGGGCAUUCUGGUAGUGCCGGGUGUUCUCUUCUCCGCGUACGGGCGCUUCUCAGGAUGGACAGCCCUGACCCGCGCGAAGAGGAAGACUUCCGAGAAGCCCAACCGGUUCCCUGGCCCCAAACAGUAUCCUAUCGUUGGCCGCGUCCAUGACUUGCCCAGGUUUGCCAUGUGGCUCAAGCUAAAGGAGUGGGCCGAUGAGUUCGGGCCCAUUUACCAGACCAGCAUGCUUGGCCAGAAGUUUGUCAUCAUCUCUGACGAGGAGAUGGCCCAGGAUCUUCUCAUCAAGAACGGGAACAACUUUGCGGGCCGGCCUCAGAUUCGGGCCCUCAUUGACCACAAGCUCGGGCCGGCGUAUUCUGCACUGAUGGACCGUCAUGACACGUGGAAAUACCAGCGGAAAUGGGUCCACGCCGCCAUGGCCGCCGCCCACCAACACCACUUCUAUGGACACAUCGAGAACGAGGUCAAGCGGUGGCUGGUCACCUUGCUCCUGGACCCCGAGAAGUUCCACGGCAACACCCGCGAGCUGACGGGCCGCAUCAUCAGCCGCCUCGCGUGGGAUGACUCGACGCAGGGCAGGGCCUACGGCGACAGCGCCAUCGAGACGCUCACGCGCAUGUCCAUCUCGGGCCCCAUCGUCAACACAAUGACGCCGCUCUGGCACCUUGCCGACCUCGUCCGACACAACCCGUGGCGCAAGUACGAGGUCAAGCGGGAGAGAGGACAGCGCGCUUGGUGGCUCCAGACGUUCCGGGUCGCGAAGGCACGGUACCGCAAGGGCGACCUGCCCGCAGACACGUGGGCGUACCGGUACUUUGAGCAGCUACAGGCGGCCGGGAACGAGACGCUGGAGCAGGACGAGGAGGCAGAAGACUUUGCGGCCUGUAUGCUCGGGUUCCAGUGCCUCGUAGGCGUCGUUACCAUUUCCGGGCCUAUGCAGUUCUUCCUCAUGUGCAUGGCGCUUCACCCAGAAUGGCUGAAGAAGUGCCAAACCGAGAUCGAUAGGGUCUGCGGAGACAGGAUGCCGACCCGCGACGACUUUGCCGAGCUGCCUACCGUGAGGGCUUGUUUGAAGGAGACUCUCCGGUGGAGGUCCGGAGUCCCGCUCGGAGUUCCUCAUCAAUGCGAGAACGAGUCCGAAUUUCAAGGCGUCAAGAUCGAAAAGGGAACCAUCAUUCUUGCCUGUGAAUGGAACAUCAACCGGGCCCCCGAAAAGUACCCCGACCCGGAGCACUACCGUCCAGAUCGCUUCCUGGACCCCAAGUUUCCUACGUACCAAGAGCCGCUGACCCGGUACCCGAACUUCCGCGAGGGUGUCGGCAUGCACACCUUCGGAUGGGGCCGCCGGACCUGCCUCGGUCAAAACCUCGUCGAUGAUGAGAUGUUUGUCGCGGGAGCGGGCGUGUGUUGGGCGUUCGACAUGGGGUUGAAGAAGUGCCCUGCUACCGGCGAGGACGUAACCUUCGACACCCAGGCGACGAACUCCAACGUCAUCCUGGAGCCAUUGCCUUUCCCCAUGCAGUUCAAGGUCAGAAAUCCGGAUAGGGCGCAACAGUUACUGGAGGGGUACAGAGAAGUUCGUGGCGUUCUGAAAGUCUGACCAUGUGUGCGUGUUGCCUGUCAAGCAUGGGGGAAACAAGGGCGGUGGUACUAGGUGACUGGUAUUCGAAUUUUCUUGAUUAUCUCUGUUUUGCAGCCCGGCUGCGUCUCCCGAUGCUCUUCAACUGCCCCUCUUAAUGUUAUUCAACCACCCACCCCUACUGACCUCUCAAUUCUUGAAAAUCACUUUUCAUUGUCGGUGGCCCUCGGCGGCUACACCCGAAGAGUCAGUUGAUGAAGAAGCGAAAAGAAAUGGCAGUCAGGGCAUAUCUCGCCGAGCUUGGCCAGCUCGGCAUUGAUCCUUGCCUGCAAUAAUUGUGGUCGAUGCUAUUGAAGGCCGACCUCUGAACACUUCCAUUAGCCAACAAGACAUUUGAUAGAGAGAGGGCAAGAAGCUGAAAU